UUCAUCCAUCUGUCAGGUGUCCUCUAUUUCGUGGUGCAAUGCGGUGAAAAAAUUGCAGCAUUUAAUUGUAAAAUAAGUUGCAUUUUCACUAAUCGUUAUUAGUAGGGUCGUUUUUAUUUAUUUUUUGUAAUAAGCAAACACCAUGCCGGAAAGCGGUGAGAUUUAUACGUCUGAUAAGACCGGCAGCGAUGAGGCCGGGGAUGGGACAGCUGAGAAGCCUUUUAAGACCGUUCUGCAGGCCAUGCGACACGCUGGAAAGGAGCCCUUCCCUACUAUUUACGUCGACUCGAAAGACGAUGGGAAACAGUAUGACGUCGCUGCGAAGUCCCAAUUGAAGAAGAUCCAGAAAAUAUGGGUCAGAGAGAACUACAAAGCGGCUGAUAAAGCGAAGGCCGAGGAGGAGUCCAACGACAAGAGACAGCAGAACCUUGAAGAUGCGAAGAAAAUCGAAAUUAAAGAGGAUCCAAGUCUGCCGAAAGCUAAAGUCGUGAAGAUUUUCGAAGCCUCCGAAUACCGUGGCCAGCGCAUAUGCGUCCGUGGAUGGGUUCAUCGUCUCCGAAGACAGGGUAAAGCCCUAACCUUCUUAACUCUCCGCGAUGGUUCCGGAUACCUGCAGUGUGUACUCCACGGAGUGCUUUGUCAGACGUACAACGCUCUUGUGCUGUCAACGGAGUCAUCGGUGACAUUGUACGGAAAGUUAGAAGCUGUGCCAGAAGGAAAGACGGCACCAGGAGGUCAUGAACUCACAGCCGACUACUGGGAACUGGUAGGCUUGGCUCCGCCCGGUGGAGCUGAUGCCAUUCUCAACGAGGAAGCCUUGCCCGACGUGCAGUUAGAUAACAGGUAUUUUUACAUAUUCAUCCUAAUCAACGAUUUAAAUUAUACUAAGUAAAUUUUAAAGAAGCGCAGAAUUAUUAGACGAUUAAUCCGGGAACACUUCGCGUCGCGUCACUACACUGAAGUCACCCCGCCCACGCUGGUACAAACGCAGUGCGAAGGAGGCAGCACCUUGUUCAAGUUUAGCUACUUUGGCGAGCAAGCAUACCUGACCCAAAGCUCGCAGCUGUAUCUCGAGACGUGUCUCGCGUCUCUCGGCGACGUGUACUGCAUUGCGCAGUCGUACCGCGCAGAGCAGUCGCGCACGAGGAGACAUUUGGCCGAAUACAGCCACGUAGAAGCCGAGUGUCCCUUCAUCACUUUCGAGGAUCUGCUAAACCGGCUUGAGGACCUGGUGGUGGACGUGGUGGACCGAGUCCUAGCCUCGCCUGAGGGACAGCUGGUCUACGAACUGAACCCUAACUUCAAGAAGCCGCAGAGGCCGUUCAAGCGUAUGGCCUACACCGAGGCCAUCGAAUACUUGCGGGAACACAACAUCACUAAGGAGGAUGGGUCUUUCUACGAGUUCGGAGAGGACAUUCCCGAGAUGCCAGAGCGCAAAAUGACAGACGAGAUCGGCGUCCCGAUCCUCCUGUGCAAGUUCCCGGCGGAGAUCAAGUCGUUCUACAUGUCCCGGUGCGACGACGACGAGCGGCUGACGGAGUCUGUGGACGUGCUCAUGCCGGGCGUGGGCGAGAUCGUCGGCGGCUCCAUGAGGAUAUGGGGCCACGAGGAGCUCAUGGAAGGCUACAAGCGCGAAGGCAUCGACCCGUCGCCGUACUACUGGUACACGGACCAGCGCAAAUUCGGCAGCGUUCCGCACGGCGGCUACGGACUCGGCCUCGAGCGAUUCCUGUGCUGGCUUCUGGAUCGCUACCACAUUCGCGACGUGUGCCUCUACCCGCGCUUCCUGGAGCGCUGCACGCCAUAAACUGAUUCUUAAUUCAAAUAUAACGCUUCUGACUGUC